UCAAAACUUGAAAAUAUCCUCACAAAAUAAUUUGGAGGGAUCGUCUACCUAUUUAUUUACUCCUCUAGUUUUGGGCACCAGUUUCUGUAAUCUGUGUGUUCUUAUCACCUUCACAUUCAUCACUUUUCACUUAAAAUUCUUUUGAGCAGGUCCUCUAAAUUUAUCGUCGGCCCUUCCAAAUCAAGCAAGGUUUUGUGGGUUUGGUUAGAAAUGGAGAAUCCGGUGGUUAGGAGGGUGAACCUCAUCAUGGGUCACUUUGCCAGCAACGAGAAUUCAUCACCCAACCAUGUCUUCCCCACGAACUGCUCUAGCAGUAUAAAUUCUGUGAUCCGAAGAUGUGAUAAUAGAAUGCUUUUCGCACGACAAGGGUUCAUAUCUCAAGCUUGUUUCAUGAGACCAGUUUCAGCGCCACAGGGUAGCUUGGUUAAGUGUGGUGCAUGUCUCAGUUGUCCUGGUUCUGUAAAUCAGAACUUUUCUUAUUUAUCUGAAGCACCAACAUUCUCUAGACCAGCUAGGAAGGAAAGUAACUUAACAAAUAUUGUAGAGCACAAACCCAUGAAGCAAGACUGCAAACUAUCUGCAACUGAGACUCCUCUAUUUGCCUGCCCAAGUGCAGGAUUGAGUGGACAAAAGCAGGUUUUCUUUAAGGAGAUAAGGCAGGCUACAAGACCCAAGGGUACUGAAUGGAUUCCGCAGAUGCAUGUUUCAGAGGCUGGGCAUAAUCAUGUUGUCACAAUAGAACUUCCUGGCAUUAAGAUUAACGACAUAAGAGUGGAGGUUGAUAACCAGAACUUGGUUGUGAUGGGUCAACACUCAACACAACAAUGGCAAUUUGCAUGUGGUUCUGAUGAUUUGGUCAUGGCAAAUCAUAUUAGGGGGAUUUCACAAGGGCCAUACCGGGUAGUUUGGCCGCUUCCAAACAAUGUGAACAAGGAUGGUGUCUCAGCUGUGUUUCUGGAUGGAAUCCUACAAAUUACUCUUCCUAAACUUUGAGGAGAUAGAGCAUAUAUGUGUAUACCAGGAGUUUUUAGGAAGCGUAGUACAGUCUUAUCAGUAAAUCUAUGUAGUUUCUUGAUACUUGUACGUAACAUCUGAGAAGUCAGUUUUUCAUGCAGACACUAUAUGAGACUAAUUAGAUGUAUUAUUGUUGUAAUUCAUUUAAAAGUUUUCCUUUUAAUCUUGGUAA